AUGUCUGGACGUGGAAAAGGUGGCAAAGUGAAGGGAAAGGCAAAGUCCCGCUCAAACCGUGCCGGUCUUCAAUUCCCUGUGGGCCGUAUUCACCGUUUGCUCCGGAAGGGAAACUACGCAGAGCGUGUUGGUGCAGGCGCUCCAGUUUACCUAGCUGCCGUAAUGGAAUAUCUGGCCGCUGAGGUUCUCGAGUUGGCUGGCAAUGCUGCUCGUGACAACAAGAAGACUAGAAUUAUUCCGCGUCAUCUGCAACUGGCCAUCCGCAACGACGAGGAGUUAAACAAGCUGCUCUCCGGCGUCACAAUUGCACAAGGUGGCGUGUUGCCUAAUAUACAGGCUGUUCUGUUGCCCAAGAAGACCGAGAAGAAGGCCUAA